ACUAUUAACUCGCGUAAUUAUUUUAUAUUUUAAUAUUAAAAACAAUAAAUAAACGAAUCAAAUGCAGAAAAUACUGUGGACACGUCUGAUCCGCUAGACAUCCAAGAGGGGAGAGGAAUUUAGGUUACUACUUAAGUCUGAACUUUAUCGAUCCAACAGUUUCAAAGAAAUGGGUCGCAACGCUAGUUAUGUCGAUAAAAUCUGAAGUCUAGUUGAAGAAACCGGCUGUGUUUAAGAGAAUCAAAAAAAUGGCUGAUGACUUUUUUGAUAAAAAGAAGGAUGAAGCACCUAUGCUGGACUUGUCCAAAACUAUUAUUAAUACUGCCGAAGAGUACAGGGCAGUUAUGGACAAAGUACCAGAUUUCAAAACAAGGCCCGAAAAGGUGAAGACUGAAGAUAUCAAGAUACGGGACAAACCAGAUGAUCAAAAGACUAAGACUCCAAAAAAAGAAAUUCGGGCCUAUGAAAAGUUGGGGACGCGAGGGUACGAAGAAAAACAGUUCACGUUCAUGGACCCGAUACCUGUAGAAAUGAGAAGCCUAAAAUUUGAAGAAUUGUGUACAGUUCCCAUUGAAUGGAAAAUGCUUACUUCUAUCAGGCCAAAAUCUAAACUUGAUGAGGAAUAUUUCAACAGAUUGAUAGAACUACGAAAAGCAGAAAUUCGCACUCGAGCAAGAGACAAAAGAGAAAUGACCAAAAACACAAUGAUAAGGAAAACCAAAAACCGUUCCGGUGUCACUGAAACUAGAAUCCUCACUUGCGCUGAAUGCGGCGAAGAAUUCUGUAACGGCAAGAUGUGCGCCAUAACGAACUACGACAUGUUCGCCCGACUCAAGAUCGAAGUGGAAGCGAAGUCGUCGAAGCAGUCUGCGCCGGCGCAGAGUGGCGGCAAACAGAAGAAGCUGAAGAAGAAAGGACGCCGCAAACCACGCAGCAAGAGUGCGGCGCCCGUGGUGCGGAAAUCCAAUGUGAAGUCGGGAGCAAAGAGUGACUCCGAAUUGUAAUCAGAUAAUUCCAUCUUUUACAAGCUUUUAUUUAACUUACAAUGCUUGUAUGUUUGUUUAGGUCAUUAAAUAUGGCUUCUAGUCUUGUUCCGUCGUGAACCGACCUUAGAAGAUAAGUUUUAACUGUUACACAGGGGCUCUCAAAGCCUAUCGAUGUAUAUGUUCCAACAAUAACAGCAGGAUUUAAAAAUAUUUUCAUGCUGGCUUUAGACGUCCCUUAUUAAGGUAGCGAAGCAGACAGCCGAGAAUGGAAGUGGAAGUUAUUUUAAAAGGGAAGCUAUAUUUAUACAAGUACAUAUAACGCGUAGGGCGGAGCGAUCUAUGGGGCGGUAACUUCCAUAAAUCAACUUUUUCAAAUACCUUCCAAAGUAAAUAAUAAACUUUUUCUCCAGUUAUUAUCUCCAAUCCCCAUCAAAACAUAUGCCCAGCCAACUCUUGAAUAAAUCUCUGAAUUCAUUAUGAUUCAGCUAAGGUUAGAACAAAUAAUUUUUAUAUGUAAUGUACCUAUCUCUCUCACUUCACCUUGUGUAAUCUUUAUAUAAUUGGAAUUUAUUGCAUUUCAUAAAGUACAUUUUAGCAUCGCAUUUUUUACAUUAUUAUGUAGAUUUUACGGGCACCUAAUAGGUUAUACUUAAAUUGUGUGCCUUAUGUAACCAAAAAGUAAAAAUUAUAAAUGACUGAUCAGCUAGAGUCACCCAUGCAGUAAUUAAGUAGUUAUAAAAUUAUUGUAUACUGUAUUGAAU